GGGGCAGGAGGAGCCCUGCUCCUCCAUCCCCAGCCCGGAUGGGCAUCACGUGGCUCCUGAGUUACAGGCCAGGAAAAUCCCAGCCCUUGCACACUCAGCCUCCCAUACCCCUCUAUUCACCUAGCCUGACGCACUCAGCCUCCCAGACCCACCUUGAGCACAUUCCCCAGCACAGUUCCGUCACCCUCAGCUCCUGCCACUUCUCCCCUGCAAUACUGCCAGCCUUUCCCAAAUUCCCAGAGCUACAACCUUGCCCUGUCCCUCACCCCAAACCCACCAUGUCCCUGAGGCCACUGAAAUUCCAGGCACUAGGUGAAGAAAAUGAAGAGGAUGAGGAGGAAGAGAGCCUGGACUCUGUGAAGGCACUGACGGCCAAGCUACAGCUGCAGACACGGCGGCCCUCAUAUCUGGAGUGGACAGCCCGGGUGCAGAGCCAGGCCUGGCACAGGGCCCAACCCAGACCGGGGCUGGGGGUCCCUGGGACCCUCUGCGGCUUUGACUCAAUGGACUCUGCCCUUGAGUGGCUCAGACAGGAGCUGCGGGAGAUGCAGGCUCAGGACCAGCAGCUGGCAGGACAGCUGCUUCGGCUGCGGGCCCAGCUGCACCGGCUGAAGGUGGACCAAGCCUGUCACCUGCACCAAGAGCUGCUGGACGAGGCCGAACUGGAGCUGGAGCUAGAACCGGGGGCCGGCCUUGCCCUGGCCCCACCGCUGCGGCACCUCGGCCUCACGCGCAUGAACAUCAGUUCGCGACGCUUCACCCUUCGCUGAGCUAUCUCUGCGCCUCCUCAGAUCUCCUUGGAGGGGGAAGGGAGGGUGUCCCGGAGGUGCUGGCACCUCGCAGAGGGGUGGUGAGAGGCUUGGGGGGGUGUCACUCAGCUCUCUGGGAGCAUAAAGCCCCUGCUGGCCUAGCUUGGGGAUAGGGGGUGUUGGAAGAAGGGGAGAGGCCUGCAGAGCCCCAAGUUCUUCAAUAAAGACCCACUCUGUCUCUCA